GUUAUUUAUACGCUCGCAAUUUUGGAGAAUCCGCGGAGGAACUGUUUACAUUUGUUAGAUCUACAAGUUUAUCUCAGCGUCUUCGACCAACGCAGGAUCCAGUGACCGGCAGUGACCACGAACAUUGGUCCUUGAGGCGUCCUCGUUUAAGAGUCGUUGAAGAGUCUCCUUGCAUUGGGAUUACCCAAGGACACUUUCUCGAAGAUUGGCUUCAGCUUCCUUUGGCUUUUGGUCUCGGACAAGAUCAAACAACUCAAACAAGAGCUCUACUUCCAUCAAUCUGGUCCGUGACCAGUCUCACGAGCGCGUCAAAAUGGAUUCCUCUUUACAACCUCCAACAACUAAUGGUCAUUCAGAAACCCCACCAGCUGAACCCACAGCUCCCUUCUUCGAUCCAGAAAUAUUUCGCUCGUAUCUCCUAGCACUUCUGCCACCAGUAAUCGGUGCUCGGCCAUCAGACCUUGAGAGAAUUUUUGACACCGAUUUUGACGAGCGCGUUUCGCGAUUUUCCGGAGAAGGAGGCGAUGUAUUAUAUGUCGUGAAAGCCAAGGAUGAGGUUGAAGAUGAUUCCGAACAGACGUUCCAUUACCAGCUCACUCAACAUCUAACAUAUCACCCCUCACACGUCCUUACCCUCGCCCUCAUCAAGCGUGGUGCCACUCUCGAUCCCACAACUCCGCUAGCAACCCAGCUUCACUUUCUCAACCUAUUCGGAGGCGAGGAAACUCCGUACGAAAGCUUACAUGCUGUGGUGAGCUGCGGUGUCAAGCCCUGGUUUGAUGCCUUCGUUGGCGCAAGAGGCGGCGGAAAGGAUGGUGGAGAUACGAAGAUGGGGAUUCCCAUGACGAAGAAAAAGUUUGCGGAGCUGGAACUAUCGCUUCUGCACUUGCAGCAAAAUGUUGAAAUACCGGAGACACAUCUUACUAUCCAUCCGAUUAUCCAACGGGCGGUUGAACAGGCGCAAGCAGCAGGGACCCGGCCAAACUUAUCGUAUAUACCUACCAAGACUCUAAACGAUAGUACAUUCCUCAACUCUCUCCACGCACAAGUCAAUUCGUGGAUCAAAUCUAUCCAAGCCGUCACUAAACUCACUCGAGAUGUCGCUUCAGGGACAGCCUCGCAGGAGAUCAACUUUUGGCUCAGUUUAGAACGAGCCCUCGAAGGUAUCGAGGCUCAACUCCGGAGCGACGAAGUAACUAUGGUCAUGGACUGCCUACGGAAUGCCAAACGAUUCCAUGCAACUGUCAGUUUCAUUGCCGAUACAGGUCUGAAAGAUGCCACGGAUCUUGUACAUAAGUACAAUCAACUCAUGAAAGACUUCCCUCUCAAUGAACUCCUCUCCGCUACCGACCUCGACAAGAUCCAGGAAUCAUUAAUAUUGAUAUUUAGUCAUAUCAACCGAAAACUCCGACUUUCGCCGUACCCGAUUCGACGUGCGCUUCCUCUAGUGGAAGCCAUUUCACGAGACUUUAACGACCAAUUACUCCGUAUCCUCACCUCCCAUCGACUUCCUUAUACCCCUUACGACACCUUCGACCGUCUUCUCUCCCAGACCACGAGCAUUUUCCGAACAUGGGAUGAUCAAAUCAAAGAAUUCUACAAUGUCGCUCGAGAUGUGACGAGGAAACGUUCAGAACGAUUUAUACCCAUCAAAGUAGUCCCGGCCCAUGCCAAACUCCAAGAACGAACCCGCUAUCUUCGAGAUUGGAGAAAACAGCACGAGCAGCUAGCAAUAAUGACUGGUCCGACCAAGGGUCUUGGUUCGGUAGGGAUGGAAGUCGGUGGAAUGGAUAUGGAGGAGGAAGUCAAAGAGGCAUAUGAAGUCGUUAAGCGGAUAGAUGUGUUGGAUGUUUCUGUGGAGGGUACGGAGAUUUGGGUCGCAGCGGAAAACGCAUACAACGAGCGGGUGUCGAGAGUCGAAAACCAGAUUAUUGCACGGUUAAGGGAUCGGCUGGGCACUGCAAGAAACGCGAACGAGAUGUUCAGGGUGUUCUCAAAGUUCAAUGCGUUAUUUGUCAGGCCGAAGAUCCGUGGGGCUAUCCAAGAAUACCAGACACAAUUGAUCGACUCUGUCAAGGAAGAUAUCAAACAUCUACAUGACAAAUUCAAAACUCAAUACCGCUACUCUGAAGCUUACCAUAUGUCGCAAAUGCGGGACUUACCCCCCAUCGCAGGCGCCAUAAUCUGGGCCCGCCAAAUCGAACGCCAACUCCUCACUUACAUGAAACGUGUUGAAGAUGUCCUCGGAAAAGGCUGGGAACUUUAUGCCGAAGGCCAAAAACUCCAAUCUGAAUCCAGCGCUUUCCGCAAAAAACUGGACACCCGUCCCGUUUACGAAGCAUGGCUGCAUGACAUCAACCGCCGAAACAUGGGCGUAGAUGGACGACUAUUCGAGAUCGUGCGCUUACGUGGAGGUGGAUUCCAACUUGCAGUGAACUUCGACCCGCAGAUUAUCACCUUGUUCAAGGAAGUGAGGAAUUUGCUGUGGUUGGGCUUUCAAGUCCCGCAUGCGAUUACGAACAUGGCGAAGGAUGCGAAGAGGGUGUAUCCGCAUGCGGUUAGCUUGAUGGAGACUGUAAGGACCUAUGGGCAGACGUUGGAUUUGGUAGAGAAUAAUAGGGGGAUUGAGUGGUUAGUAGCGGAGUAUAGGAAUGAAAGCCAGAGGAUGAUUUCAAAAGGUGUUAACAUUCGAUGGGAUCAUUUCGUCAAUCAAUACGAUACCGGAAGGUUUGUUUCUAGUGCGGACGGGAGAGAUAACCGCCACAUUCAGUUCGUUCGGGAAUUUGCCAGUGUAGUAUCUGUACUACAGGACAAAACAAACAGUGUCAUUGAUUUGUAUAAAGACAUCCUCCGAGCGGUAGAUGACCUCGCUACUUGUUCAUACACGUCAGAGGCGUUUUCAGAACUUCUAGGAAAGAUUCAGGCUGCCAUUGACAGACUGAACUUGGAAGGUUACGCUAACCUUGAUCACUGGGUAGCUGAAUUGGACAAACGAAUAGAGGUCAUUUUACUUCAGCGGCUAACGCAAAUCAUCCAAGCAUGGUGUACCGAGUUUGAUCGAACAGACGAUGAAUCAAGGAGAGAUACUGUACGAGAGAACAAGCGGAGAGGCGAUAAGCGAAUGAAAGAGGAGAAGUUCAUGGAAUCACAUAUGACAAUCAAGCCUUUCGUCCAUGAAAUACGGAUACAGAAUCAGGUCAUAUUCUUGGACCCACCAAUAGAGCAUGCGAGAGCGGCUUGGAUCAAACAGCUACACGACUGGAUCGGUGUGGUGUGUCGACUACGGCGUAUUCAAAGCUCCCGGUAUGAGAUUGGGCUACAGAUGCAAGGAGCUAUCACCACUGAGACUACAUAUACCUCACUGCUCACCCAUUUCUCUGAUGACACCCUCCGACGACCUUUCGCACUCAUUGAGACCAAAGUCCAACAACUUCGCGAAUACGUCGCGAAAUGGUUUCAAUUUCAAUCAUUAUGGGAUCUCGAAGCCGAAUACGUCUUCAACCGUCUCGGUGACUCGCUCGCUCACUGGCAACAGUUACUCACCGAAAUCAAGAAAGCCAGGGCGACCUUUGAUACGUCUGAAACGCAGAAGUCUUUCGGUGUUUGCGCCAUCGACUAUGAGCAGGUUCAAGCACGGGUGAAUGCCAAGUACGACGCGUGGCAGAGAGAUAUUCUUAGUCGGUUUGGGGUAAAACUGGGUAAUGCAAUGAAGGAGAUGCAUGCGAGUAUCCUGAAAGCUAGGAAUGAUCUCGAGCACCAGUCCAUCGAAGGGUUGGUUGGUGGAUCUAGACGGUUUUGAAGUUCUGCCUGCCUUUUCUUUUCUUAUACCUUGAAUACAUUCUUUUUUCAUCUACUAUAUACCGCUGUAAGUUCCUUCAACGUUUUGUGCAUUCCGAUCUUCACUCUCAUUAUGUUUAUGUUGUCGCAAUCUUCUGCUCUUUGUCUUAUGCAUGCACUAUAGUGGAU